GUGUGUGUGUGUUUUUCGAGUGUGUGCGGGGUGGGGAGGCGACAAUCUGCUACCGUGCCGCCCGAACUCAAACUGUAAGCAGCUCCAUUGGCCAUAGCCACAUAGAAAACGCCAACGCAGGACCUGCAGCGCCUCGGCCAUAUUGGUGAGGCGUCGGGAGACCGCGGGGGUGCUGACCAUGAAGCGAAACCGAGUGCCCAGCACCAGCGAGGACUCUGAUAAUGGAAGUAACUGCACGUCGUGGUCUCAGAUGUCAAACUCUCACAGGAGACGAGAUGGGAAGAGACCCUCUGAGGUGUUCAGGACGGAUCUUAUCACAGCGAUGAAGCUUCAUGACUCAUACCAGCUGAAUCCGGAGGAAUAUUAUGUUCUCUCGGACCCCUGGAGGCAGGAGUGGGAGAAGGGUGUUCAGGUUCCUGUGAGCCCGCACUCCAUUCCCAAACCCACCGUCCGCAUGGUGGCGGAAAAGCCCUCCUCCUUGUUGUUCACCAGACCGAAGAAGCUGAUUCGCUCGUGGGGCGCGGAGGCAUCUGCUCUGGGCUACGUGGGUAUCGGGGCGCUUUCAGAGGGAACAUGCCGUUACGAUCUGAACGAGGCAGAUGUAGCCUGGCUGGAAGUGGCUAACAAAGAGUUCAGUGCUAUGGGUAUGCAGCUGCUGGACGAGAACACCAUGGAGAGGGUCAUGGAGGAGUUUGAGCGCUUUUGCUACGACAACAUGAAUCACGCCAUGGAGACAGAGGAGGGGCUCGGGAUCGAGUAUGACGAGGACGUGGUGUGCGACGUCUGUCAGUCACCUGAUGGCGAGGACGGCAACGAGAUGGUGUUCUGUGACAAAUGCAACAUAUGUGUGCAUCAGGCAUGUUACGGCAUCCUGAAGGUCCCUGAGGGCAGCUGGCUGUGUCGGACAUGUGCGCUGGGCAUCUCCCCUAAAUGCCAGCUGUGCCCGAAGAAAGGUGGAGCCAUGAAGCCCACCCGCAGUGGCAGCAAGUGGGUCCACGUGAGCUGUGCCCUGUGGAUUCCAGAGGUGAGCAUAGGUAACCCAGAGAAGAUGGAGCCCAUCACAAGUGUGUCUCAGAUCCCCAAUAACAGAUGGGCUCUGAUCUGCUGUCUGUGUAAAGAGAAGACUGGAGCCUGUAUCCAGUGUUCUGCUAAAAGUUGCCGCAUUGCAUUCCACGUGACUUGCGGCCUGCAGUUCGGUCUGAAGAUGAACACCAUCCUGACGGACGACGACGAGGUCAAGUUUAAAUCCUUCUGCCCCACGCACUCGGGCAUGGACUGGUCCGACAGCUACGGAGGAGCGAAAGAGGACGGAGGGAUGGCGGGGAGGGGGAGAGGUGCGGAUGCUGUUUGUCACGCUGACCCGCGCGGAACACACCUCAGCGAGAGAAAGCUCCGCGUCCAGCAGCUGGAGGACGAGUUCUACCGCUUCGUCACUCCCGAUGAUGUUGCCAAGCACUUGCGGUUGCCGCUGGAGACGGUAGACUUCCUGUUCCAGUACUGGAAGCUGAAGCGGAAGGCGAACUUCAACCAGCCACUCAUCACACCCAAGAGAGAGGAAGAGGAAAGCUUGGCGCGUCGAGAACAGGAAGUGCUUCUCCGCAGGCUCCGCCUCUUCACACACCUGCGGCAAGACCUGGAGAGGGUGCGGAACCUGACCUACAUGGUGACCCGUCGGGAGAAGAUCAAGCGGUCCGUGUGUCGAGUGCAGGAGCAGAUAUUUCAUCACCACGUCAGGCUGCUGGAGCAGGGCAGACUCUCUGGUAUAUCUUCCACCAGGCGAUUAGAGGAGGCGAUGUUCUACUUCCGGGCUGCGUCCACGUCUCCGCAGCCUCUGAGAGGCCAUGCAGCUCAGAACAGCGCCACCGAACACUCGCAGAGAAAGGGUGUUCUGCGUCACGGAGCCUCCAAACGAGGUCACGACGAGGAGGAGGAGCCAGCCAAAGUGGCCGGGGCGGAGUCUUCGAUUCUGGGGAAGCUGUCCAGCCCAGAGGGGGUCCUGGACGCUGGCUGUGGUGGUACUGGACGGGUGCAGGGGAGCAAAGCAGACCCAGCUACAGCAAUGUACUCGGGGACCAGAGGGGGGCGCGGUGAAAAUGUAAGGAAUGAAGCAGGGCGCCCUCUAGAGGAGCGAAGGAGGAAGAGGAAGAGCAUGGUGUGGGUACAGCUGCCAGCCAGAGAGAAACAUAAGUCUGGAUCAAAGGUGAUGGAGGAGACACAUGUUGUGGAUCAGAACAGUGUGACAGAGGGGGAGGUGGAGGUUGAUGGCAAAGAAUCCAGAGCUGAAAGUUGUCCCGUUACAGCGCAGUCCAGGUAUAAUGGUUCUCAAAGGAGGAUGAGUUCCAGUCAGGGAAAGCUGUUGGCCAACGGUACGUCAGCGCAGCACAUCAAAAACUGGGGAAGCUUCCGGAUUCCGAAACGAAGCGAAAAGACUGCGGGAGAAGAACAUGAGCAGACGGAGGGGCGGGGCUUCACCCACUCUCCUCCUAUCAGCUCUGUAGAUGCAAGCCCCGCCCCCACCACCUCCCCUCCAAUCAGAACUCGGCUAAGGACAGGCACGGAGAACCGCAGCUUCACCCCGGAGACGGAGCACAGCCAAUCGGAGCAGAAGAAGAGAUGCCACGCCCAGCGGCUUCGGAGUCACGAUCCAAUCACACCACGCUACGGGUCGGAGGUUUUACGGCGCGGCGUUCUCGCGUCGUAAUCAACGUCAAAGUGACAGUUACCAAGAAAACUUUAUGUGAAGUUAUGUGUCAAAAAUUUAAUAUUUUUCUUGUGUAAUCCAAAUAAAAGCAGCACUAAGAGGAGCCACAUGUAAGAUUUUUAUUUAUUUUUAUGGUUUAUUUUGUAUUUUAUUAAAUGAUCUUUGUAAGAUCUUCAUACGUCAGUCGAAAAUAUCAAAUUUAACAGUGAAAGAUCUUGUUUCUUGUUCUGAUCUUCCCAAAGACAAACUAGCUUAACACUGUCAGGAAAUGCUGAUCACACAGACACAAAAAGGGUUAAUAAUUAAUAAGCUAACAAACAAAUUCCAACACACAAUCACUAUUAUCAACAGCACGGCAGACUCGAUCUUACUUGUGGCUCCUUUUAAGACUCUGUUACCGGACCGAUAUUUAUUUUUCUAUUUCGUACAUUUCUUGAUGCUGCUUUCUUUCGUUUUGUGCUUCGUUUACUUUCCUGAGCGGUUUUCUUUGUUUCUUUCUUUUUUUUUCCCUUUUCUCCUCUCGUCGCCCGCUACAGUGCUACACGACAAGAUCACACACGCUAACAGAUAAGCUCAUAAUCAAAUACAGUUAAACUAGUCUGGCUGAAUUUAAUUAGCUUAAUUUCUGUUGUUUAAAAAAAACAAAAAAACAAAAAAAACAUGAUUUCACAUGUAAUUGUGUCUUGGAAAAACAUAUGAACGUAGUGUUGAACGCAGGUUUGACCGAUUUGUACAAUCAUAACUAGCACUUGGCGCAGUGGUUUCCGGUCUCGGUCUUUGGGGCCGUGCGCGCUUUGUUUUGUUUUUGUUCAACUCAUCACGUUUUCGAUUGGGGAAAUUGUGCAUUGCUUUGGGAACCACUGAGUUAGUAAACCAUUUACUACAUUAACAUCAUGGAUAGAAAGGUGUGGCCUGCCAUACUGGCUCAGAUCAGUUAUGAGUUGUUUGGCACUUAAUUGUCACCAAUAAUCCUAUAAAAAAAAGUUUGUUUUCUUUUUUCUGGGCUAGAUACCAGAGUCUAUCCAUGAAAAUGUAUUUAUGGAUUUAUUUAUUUCCUUAUGUUUUUUUUUUUAUGUAAAGAGGCUUUGGCGCUCUUGUGUCGUCAUGGCAUCUUUCUCUCCUCAGGUAAUGUUUUAUUUUGUGUACUUUCCGUAAAGGUUUUUCCCCCCAGACAUCAGCUAAGAUAGACUAAAAAUGAUUUUCAAUGGAGAUACACCAUCGACGGUGUAAUCCAGUCCACAAAAAAUGGCCCAAAGUGUUUUUUUUUGUUUGUUUGUUUGUUUUUUUCCUUGAGGAAAAUGUUCUUGUUCAUGUCACAUUCAAGUACAUGUACACAUGGUGUUAAAGGUGUUUUUGGUCUAAUAAUAAUAAUAAUAAUAAUUAUUAUUAUUAUAGUAAUAAUAGUAACAAUGCCAUUGAUUUGGUUCACUCCAACAAGGCACAGCAGCCUGGCUGUUUAGGGGUCAGUUCUUCAAAACCACUGCAGCUUGAUUUGUCUAACAGUCAAUGUAAGUUAGGAGCCACAGUUAGCGUCAUUUCAUUUACCUGUUUCUUAGUGGUGGUUGGCGUAUUUAGCAAUAUUUUGUUGCUGUCAGGACAAAGCCGUGCAUCUCCAUUUUAAUCGCUUUUUGGACAUAAUUAAUUUUGUCUCAACUAUUACAUCAUUCCCUGAUCGCAGUCAUGAACUAAUCGCAAUUACUUUCCAUAGUUGUCACAAUUAUGUAUACAUGACAAGCGACUAUGACCUGGGUGCAUUUUCCUCAGGAGGAACGAAGCAAAUGCAUGUAAAUAAAAGAAAUCAGUAAACGCAUUUAUUGAGACACACCAUGGGUCUUAUAAAAUCAACUAACUUUUGUUAGAAGUAAUGUUUUAACACCUUUAGAGGGCAGCAGUGAGUAAUGGUCAAGCUUGAGCAGUCAGUUGUUAGCUAGCAAGUAUUGACAGUAAGAUAAUGAAUUAAAGACAACUUGGCCAUUUUAGAAUUGUACUUUAAUAAUUGCACUGAACGAAAAAAGACAGUUUUUCAGAUUUGAUUAUAAAGCAAAUAAUCAUCAACUUAAAUUUGAGGAUCUUGACAGGCCUAGAGAUGUCUUGAAAGCCUGCAGUUGCACUUUACAUGGGAAAAUUUCAUGACAAAUGGACCAACAGAAACAGUCUAAAAUUAUUUUCUAAAAAUCUUAAUCUAUAUUAAUGAUACAUUUUUUUUUCCUUUUCCUGUAAAGUUACCAUUUUGGAAAUCUGAGGUUUUGUUCUGACAGUGACAAUUUAGUAACAGGCACUGUAUCUUCAAAGGAACAGCUGGACUAAACAAAAUUGACACUGUGUCCAAAAGUAUCCAGGCAGCUCUUCUGCACCCACUGAUGCAGGUGUUCAACUACAACAGCUUGUAUUAUUGCCGUAGAAAAGCACUGACCAAUAGAAUGGAUGCUCUAGUGCAGCUACAUGAGCCGAAGGUCACCAUGCCCAAUGCCAAGCGUGGGCUAGAGGGGUAUAAAGCCCCCCAGCAUUGGGCUGCGGAGCAGUGGAACUGUUCUCUGGAGUGAUGGAGCUCCAUCCAAUACCUUUGAGAUGAGUUCGAGGGAUCAACCAAAAUCAGUACCUGACCUCACUAAUGCUCAAUAAAAUCCUCACAGCAAUGUUCAGAGUAGAGGCUGUUACUGCAGCACAAACUCACUUUUAAUACCUUCAUUUCAGAAGACACCUUUGGACACAGUACAGCGUCAUUUAAUUUGCUGAUUGUUUCUUUCUAAACAUUAAUAACAUGCAGUUUAGUUUUAAAGGAAUAACGUGGUAUUAGUUGCUAAUGUGGCUAUCAAUGAAUGAAGUUAGUAGCCACAAUUAGCAUCAUUCAGUUUGCAUCAUUCUAGGUGGUUGCAAUUCAAAUUCAUUCGUUUUUUAUAAGAUUAGCACUUUGACAUUAGUAUUCUUUGAAGAACUGAUCCUUGAAGCAAAAAUAUGGAAGAUGGAUUUAGUAAACAGUGGCCUAGACCCCCAAUAGGCCUUGGAACUAGUGUUUUUGGGGGGGCUGGGUCUAGACCGGGCCUAGACUGGUCUUAUAAGUGCAUUCUCUUAGAAACUGUUCCCAGAUCAGCACUUCUGCUGUUUAAAGGUUCUUCAUGCAAGUAAAAUGCUGAGAUGAACUCACACUUGAUUGUUAACAUGUGACUGGAUUUCACACAAGGAGCCUUUCCAGCUAACAAGGAUCAUGAAUUUAGGAUAACGUUAUCGGACAGCCUGCAUAUCUUUAGCAUCCUGUGCAUCCGCAAGUUAGAAGUAUUCAUGUUUAGUUCAGUGACCUCCAUUUAAACAUGGACCCAUAUUGCACUAAGUUAAAAAGAAUGAGAAAAAAAAAUGUAUUGUGUAUCGCAAAAUGAUUGAAAUCAUGCA